AUGAGUGCUACACUUCAAGCUUCUCUUGUUUACAAGCCCUCAUUCUCGCAAUUCGAUAAUAUAGCUUUUUGUCUGAAACCCCGGGUUUCCCUUUUUGCUUCUCCGUUAAUUCUAUGUAGAAGUAGAAAUCAUAAGUUCAAUUGGCUUCCUCCUAAGUCUCGAUUUUCCCGACAUCGUUUAGUGGUUUCUUGUACAUUAAAUCCAAUUCCAGAAAGUGUAAAUUCAACGCCGGACUUAUUUAAUGGUAAUUUAAAUACGGAUAUUGAAAAGCCUGAAGUAAAUGAGUUUAAUAAUGGGGAUAUUGUGGGGGGAAGUGCAAAAAUUGAGGCGGGUGAAGGAGUAGAGGGCGAGGUGCCAAAGGAAGGUUUGGGGCAAACUGAGGAUGUCGAGAAGAGGUUGCCAAUACUGGUGUUUAUUAUGGGAGUUUUUGCCAGGUUGAGAAAUGGGUUUCAGAGAAUUUUGUAUUCAGAUUGGUUCAGUUGGUGGCCGUUUUGGCGGCAGGAGAAGCUGUUGGAUCGUUUAAUCACUGAGGCUGAUGUGAAUCCUCAGGAUGCUGCAAAGCAGAGUGCACUUCUGGCGGAGCUCAAUAAGCACAGUCCUGAGUCUGUUAUACAGCGGUUUGAACAAAGAGCUCAUGCUGUAGACAGUAGGGGAGUUGCAGAAUAUCUUCGAGCGCUAGUGGCCACGAAUGCCAUUGCUGAAUAUUUGCCUGAUGAACAGUCAGGGAAACCUUCCAGUCUUCCUUCUCUGUUGCAAGAAUUAAAGCAGCGUGCUUCGGGGAACAUGGAUGAGCCCUUUGUGAACCCCGGUAUAUCUGAGAAGCAGCCAUUACAUGUUGUGAUGGUUGACCCCAAAAUGUCAAACAGAUCGUCUCGGCUUGUACAAGAAGUCAUCUCGACCAUCUUGUUCACUGUUGCUGUCGGCUUAGUGUGGCUAAUGGGCGCUGCUGCACUUCAGAAGUAUAUUGGUAGCUUGGGUGGGAUAGGAACUCCUGGAGUUGGCUCAAGUUCUUCUUAUUCCCCAAAAGAGUUGAACAAAGAAGUAGUUCCAGAGAAGAAUGUUAAAACAUUUAAAGAUGUCAAAGGCUGUGAUGAUGCUAAGCAAGAGCUUGAGGAGGUUGUCGAGUAUCUGAAAAAUCCUUCAAAGUUUACUCGAUUAGGGGGGAAGUUACCCAAGGGAAUCCUUCUGACUGGAUCACCUGGAACAGGUAAAACUCUGCUUGCCAAGGCCAUUGCUGGAGAAGCUGGUGUUCCUUUCUUUUACAGAGCUGGCUCUGAGUUCGAAGAAAUGUUUGUGGGGGUUGGUGCUCGUCGUGUAAGAUCCUUGUUUCAAGCAGCUAAAAAGAAGGCACCUUGCAUCAUAUUUAUUGAUGAAAUUGAUGCUGUUGGCUCAACCCGAAAGCAGUGGGAAGGUCAUACGAAAAAAACGCUGCACCAACUACUUGUUGAAAUGGAUGGUUUUGAACAGAAUGAGGGAAUUAUUGUGAUGGCUGCAACAAACUUGCCUGAUAUACUUGAUCCUGCUUUGACGAGACCUGGUAGAUUCGACCGGCAUAUUGUUGUUCCUAAUCCGGAUGUACGCGGUCGUCAAGAGAUAUUGGACCUCUAUUUACAAGACAAACCAUUGGCUGAUGAUGUUGAUGUGAAAGCGAUUGCUCGUGGUACUCCAGGAUUCAAUGGGGCAGAUCUUGCGAACUUGGUCAAUAUUGCUGCCAUUAAGGCUGCUGUUGAAGGUGCUGAGAAGUUGACUGCAUCCCAGUUAGAGUUUGCCAAAGACAGGAUAAUGAUGGGCACAGAAAGGAAAACAAUGUUUCUGUCAGAAGAUUCAAAGAAGCUCACUGCAUAUCAUGAAAGUGGGCACGCUAUUGUUGCCUUGAAUACUGAAGGUGCACACCCAAUUCAUAAGGCUACAAUCAUGCCGCGUGGAUCGGCUUUGGGCAUGGUUACCCAGCUUCCUUCUAAUGAUGAAACUUCAAUCAGCAAGAAACAACUGCUAGCUCGGCUUGAUGUUUGUAUGGGCGGAAGAGUAGCUGAGGAACUUAUCUUUGGCCAGGAUCAUAUUACUACUGGAGCAAGUAGUGAUCUUCACACAGCUACAGAGCUUGCUCAGUACAUGGUAUCAUCUUGUGGGAUGAGCGAUGCAAUUGGACCUGUCCACAUUAUAGAACGGCCCAGUUCAGAGAUGCAAUCCCGUAUUGAUGCUGAAGUGGUCAGGCUACUGAGGGACGCUUAUAAUCGUGUAAAAGCCCUGCUGAAGAAGCACGAGAAGGCGUUGCAUGCUCUAGCAAGUGCACUUCUAGAGUACGAGACCGUUAGUUCAGAAGACAUAAAGCGCAUUCUUCUUCCCUAUAGCGAAGGACGAUUAUCUGAAGAACUGGUACAGCAACAGGAAGAAGAGGAGCUUGUAUUAGCAUAA